AUCCAUUCUUGGGAUGAGAUGGUUGAGCAAUUUUGCCAAAAAUACUUUCAGAGUGAAGAAUGCAUCACCAUCCUUGAUCUACACAACACUCACCAAUGCACGAGUGAAGAUUUGAUGGUUUAUGUAAAAAGACUUAGAGAUUUGGCACUUGAUUGCUACGAUGGCCAUGCUGAGUCCUUCUUGGUGGAGAUCUGUAUCAAUAAGAUGUUUUCGGAGUAUCGUGCUAUCCUUGAAAACAUUGAGAUCAAUCAAUUUGCAAGGCUGCUCGAUGUUGCCAGAAAAACAACCAUUUUCGUUAAAGCUAUCUCUAUUAGGAAAUUUGUAGCAAAGUCAACAGAAAAGAAAGCCAUUGCUCACACUUUGGUUGUCUCUGUCCGGGCCAAGGACAAGUGGAUUGCUAACGGCGCCAUCACAUUGCCUCAAUUGCUCCGCGAGCCUAACAAUGAUGACAAGCGCAACCCCAAGUGCUGCGUUGACUUCCGUGACCUCAACAAGGCGUGCCUUAAGGAUGAGUUCUCUAUCCCAAACAUGGAUGUCCUGACAGACAAUACCAUUGGGUGUGAGAUGUAUUGUCUCAUGGAUGGCAGCAAUGGAUACAACCAAGUCAGUAUGUGCCUAAGCGAUGUGGAGAAAACUGCUUUUUGCAUCCCUAUUGAUAACUUUUAUUAUGUUGUUAUGCCUUUUGGACUUAAAGAUGCUGGGGCUCUUAUCAAAGAGUCAUGGUGGCUAUCUUUCAUGAUUUCAUUCACAUUCAUAUUGAAAUCUACAUUGACAACAUUGUGGUAAAGUCUAAAAAAGACUAGGCCACUUUAAUGUGUUGAGAAAGGUCUUUGACAGAUGUCGUUUAUGUAAGCUGAAAAUGAACCCAGUGAAGUGUGCAUUUGGCAUCUCCGUUGGAAAGUUUCUGGGUUUUCCAAUAAAUAAACAUGGCAUCAGUGU